UAUUUUAUUUUGAUUUCCUAUUUUCUGGGUAUCUCUCAUUUUCCUUCCUUCUUCUUCUUCUCCUUCUCCUUCUCAUCCGUUGUCAUUGCACUUCACCAGUUCCCUUGGUUCAAGGUGCGAUGUUAUGUUAAGGGGAGAACUUGUUCUUUUUAAUUUCGGAACUCACUAGUCACUACCAUCUUCCAUGGUUCUCUUGAUAGGCUAGAGAUAGCUUAAACUGAUUUGCAUUUCCAAGGAAGCGAUUGGCUAUAAUAAUUUUAUGGCUCGGAAAGGUAAUCAGCAGAAGAAUGGGAAGCAAAAGGGUUCAGAGGCAGGUCAUCGAGUCUCCAAUGUGAAAGGAAGAGGAAAAGCAAAUGAGAAGGUGGUUUUUCAUGGAGAGGAACUACCUAAUGGUAAUACUUCAGACAGUACUUUAACAGAAACAAUUAGCAAAGGUCAUCAGGCCGGGACUGAGAAUUCUGAGAUGUCUGCGACAACAGAGAAGCAUGGUGAUGCAGCUGAGGGUCUUCGUCAAUCAAUAUCUUCUGGGAGUAAUUCAGGGAAUUGCAUUGAAAAUGAAGCUUCGGACGAAGCUUCAACUGGAAAGGAAUGGAAUGAAAUAGCACCCGAUGGAAACCUUAAUCUGAAACAUAAAAACGGAGUUUGGGGCUGUUUGUUGAAUGGUUCUCACCUUAAAGAUGCAAUGGAGAAUGUAAAGUUUUCAGAUUAUUUGGCGGUUAGAAAUAUGAGAGCAGUAGCGAGAGCGUCUGCUGCAUCUACCUUGAAGGUGAUAAGCCAGUGGCUCGAGAGGCAGAGGCCAAUUUUAAUUUCCCUAACGGCUAAAAUGCAUAGUGCUCGGGAUCAUGUUAAAGUAAAGGUUGAGUGGUUGUAUCCCAUCGUAUUGACAUGGCUUAGGCAUUUUGGAAAUAUCAUGCUUCUUUUGUCAAUAGUCUGGUUCGACUGUACUCUUAGGGGAAUUGAUUCCUUUCUCCGAAUGGGUACAACAUCGCUUUUUUCAGUUAUAUGGUGUAGUAUAUUCUCAGUGAUUGCAAUGAUUGGGAUGUGGAAGUUUCUUAUGCUCUUGGCCAUAGCUGCUCUGACAGCAGUUUUUAUCGGGUUUACUCUCACGAUGUUGGUUGUAGCUGUUUUUGGAUCUAUUUUCCUGUGGUUUUAUGGAAGUUUCUGGACAACACUUCUUGUGAUCUUCCUUGGAGGAUUGGCAUAUUCGUUAAGCCAUGAGCGUCUUGCAUUAUCUAUUACCACUAUAUAUUCCAUAUAUUGCGCUUGGAUGUAUACCGGCUGGCUCGGUUUGCUUCUGGCUAUAAAUAUAUCAUUCAUCUCAAGUGAUAUUUUGAUCUACUACAUAAAGAACAACAUAGAUCAGCAAGCAAGACCUGAUGUGAACCCAGAACAAACAAAUGGAAUGCAUGCUUCCUUCUCUGAAAAUGCUCCAGGGUUUUCAGCAGAUCGUGGUCCUGGGAUAGCUUCAACCAGUGGGGUUGAUACCGAGAUAACUUCUGAAGAAGAAGUUGCUCGAUUAUUGAACUGCACUGAUUACUAUUCUGCGUUGGGUUUGUCGAGAUAUGAGAAUGUUGAUGUUAAUGUACUGAAGCGAGAAUAUAGAAAAAAGGCAAUGCUGGUCCAUCCUGAUAAAAACAUGGGUAAUGAAAAGGCUGUGGAAGCUUUUAAAAAACUUCAAAAUGCAUAUGAGGUCUUACUUGAUUCCAUGAAGCGGAAAGCAUAUGAUGACGAACUUAGGAGGGAGGAGCUGCUGAACUAUUUCCGUAGGUUUCAAACUUCUUCUCGAAAGAAUGGUGAACAUGGUAUUUUUCCUUCUGGAUUUGGAUGGUCCGAGGCUGAUGGGGAGGAAGCUUUUGGAGAACCUAGGCGAAUCGCCUGCAAAAAAUGUGGUAACUUUCAUGUCUGGAUACAAACAAAGAAAUCAAAAUCUCGAGCAAGAUGGUGCCAGGAAUGCAAAGAUUUUCAUCAAGCAAAAGAUGGAGAUGGAUGGGUUGAACAAUCUUCACAGCCCUUCCUUUUCGGGUUAUUGCAGAAGGUGGAUGCUCCUGCUGCCUACGUCUGUGCCGAUGGCAAGAUAUAUAAUGCUACUGAAUGGUAUAUUUGUCAGGGAAUGAGAUGUCCACCGAACACACAUAAGCCGUGUUUUCACGUCAACACUAGUUUGGUAUCCAAGCAUAGUACCAGCAAGGGCUCUAGUUCUGGACAGAGAGGCGGAAAAAUACCGAUGCCUAAUCCGGAAGAAACCAUGACCGAGGCAGAAUUCUUAGAGUGGUUACAGAAUGCAGUACAAGCAGGCAUGUUUGACGAUUUUCUGAGUAGCUCCUCCGUGGAGAGCCCUGUCACUAAACCCGGAAGUGGCUCGAAGACUAGUGGUAGCAACACUGGUGGUGGUGGUAGCGGUAGCGGCAGUGGAAACAAGAGGAAGAAGAAAGGAAAGAAACAAUGGUAAACCGUCAUCGACCAGUUCGGUGACUACGAUGAUUAGGAAGGCCCCGAUGAAGCAUAAAUCAUGCAGAUUUUGUAUAGCAUUAUAUCUUCAUCCUAACUUCUUAUUUUUCGGUCAAAUAAACAGAUAUG